CAGUCAGGCAAGACGAACGCCUGCUCUGUUGUCAUUUCCAUAGUAACAGCUCAGUUACCUGGUGCAGGUGUUCUUCGAGAAAAAACGCACGACCCGCUUCAAGCAGGACACAUUUGUACAGCCAUGAGUUCAGUCUUCUCCAGAGAUACCCAGCUGAAGGCAAUGGAGAUGACCAUAAACAAUGCUGAAAAGUAUAUGGGUCAGUUCUGCUCACUGUUAGCUGCAUACACCCGCAAGACAGCUAAACUCCGGGACAAGGCCGACAUGCUGGCCCGUCAGCUGCACGAUUUCGCCUGUACAGAGGAUCCAGAGCUGAGCAUAUGCCUGAAGAACCUCUCGGAGGACUUGGCCAUGGUCCAGGACUACAGGCAGGCUGAGGUGGAAAGGUUGGACACACGUGUGGUCACCCCAUUGAAGGCGUAUGGUGAUAUAGUGAAAACUAAACGAGCAGACUUGAAGAAGUUUAGUGCAGAUCGCAGUAGGGAGCUGAAGGAAUUACAUAGACUGGAAAAGAUCCGGCUGAACAACCCAGCAGACAGACAGAGCAUUUCACAGGCAGAAGUGAACGUCCAGAAAGCCAGCAGCAAUGCAAACAGGAGCACAAGGCAGAUGGAGGACACUAUCAUUGACUUCCAAAAACAAAAACUAGAGGAUGUAAAGAGGAUCUUCACAGACUUCAUCAUGGUGGAGAUGCUGUUUCAUUCCAAAGCUUUGGAAGUUUAUACACAUACCUUCAAUAAUAUGGAAACUAUGGACAUACACAAAGAUCUAGAGUUGUUUAGGAAUCGUAUCCAGGUUACAGGAUCUCUGAUCGAAACUACAACCUCCACUGCUGACAUGGCCCACUACCCAAGCCCCCCUGCUUCUACCCUCAGACUGCCCCAAUACUCAAGCCCACCCACUUCUACCCUCAGGCUGUCUCAAUACCCCAGCCCUCCUGCCACCAUCCCCAGAAUGAACUUCGAGCAGCCCAAACAGUCUCUGAGAAGAGCUUUGCGUAGGCAGAGAGAAAUGGAGGAAGAUGAAGAGGAAGAUGAGGAGGAGGAUGAGAAAGAGGAGCAGUAUGACUCUGAGGAAGAUCUGGAGGGGCCACGGACUCUCAGGCAGUCCUAUGCUGCUCAGUAUGUCAGGAGCCACAUACAGAAAUGAUGAAUGUUCUCUCCUAUAGAAAAAGGUGUUCUUGUGCACUUUAGGAUGUGGUGGUGUUAUUUGGAUGCAUCUGAGAAAGUGAUUGUAUAGCUUGGGCUGCAUUUAACAUACAUUACAUGUUUUAAAUGUGUUUGGAUACAUGUAGAGCAGAAUAUACUGCCUAAUCAAGUGCAUAAUGUUCUGCAGAAUCAUUCAUGAAGGCUGUUUGUGUUUAUGCUGAGAAUGAUGUAAAACAGUUGUGUCUGAAGAAUGCUAUAUUAAACACUAUGGAGAAACAUGGUGCAAGUACUUUUGUAUCUGCAGGACCUGAGCAGAUGUGAAAUAAAAGAGUUUAUAAAGCAUGAAA